CAAGCUAGCUUUUCACCUUCAACAAUCAACCGCUCCAAAGAUGCCAUUUAGCUUCCAACGUCUAAAACCCUCUCAAAAUCCUGUCGCAACGAAACCCUCUCAACAUCCCUCUCGACGACGACGACUUCCACCAACAAUGGCUUCCAGUUCCAGGCGUCUUCGUGCUUUCAAACGAUGGAUGUCCUCAAACGGCAUUAAAUUCAGCGACGCCCUAGAAUUUCUGGAAACACAAAACUCCGGAAUCUGCGUCAAGUCAAAAUGCGACUUAAAAGAAGGAGACCUAAUUGCUACAAUCCCUAAAAUUGCUUGCUUGACGAUUCGAACCUCCGCAGCUUCGUCAAUGAUUGAAGCUGCUGAUUUUGAUGGAUUGUUAGGACUUUCUGUUGCGGUUAUGUACGAGAGAAGUUUAGGUUUGAAGUCUCCUUGGUGUGGUUACCUUGACCUGUUGCCUAAAUUUGAGCCUUUGCCUUUUGUUUGGAGUUUGGAUGAUGUUGAUCGCCUUCUUUGUGGUACUGAGCUACAUAAGACGAUCAAAGAAGACAAAGCUCUCAUCUAUGAGGACUGGAAAGAGUGCAUUCUACCUCUAAUUCAUUCAGCUGAAUUUGCACUUGAUCCAAAAUUUUUCGGUGUUGAGGAUUACUUUGCUGCAAAAAGCCUUAUAGCAUCUCGAUCCUUUCAAAUUGAUGACUACCAUGGCUCCGGAAUGGUUCCUUUGGCGGAUCUUUUUAAUCACAAGACCGGAGCUGAGGAUGUGCACUUUACCUCUGCACCAUCUCCUGAUGAUUCCGAUGACAGUGCUGACAGCGUGACUGAUGAUGAGAAUGACAAAAAUGAGGAAUUUCAAUCAGAGACAUCUCAGUGUGAAGAUAAUGGUUCAUCGGGUGCUUCACUUGUUCCGAGCUCCUUAGAUGGUCCUAACUUGGAGUCUGAAGACAUACCUGACAAUCCCCUUGUCUUGGAAAUGAUUCUUGUGAAAGAUGUCAAUGCCGGUGCUGAGGUCUUUAACACAUAUGGGUCUAUGGGAAAUGCAGCAUUGCUCCAUAGAUACGGAUUUACGGAACUAGACAAUCCUUAUGACAUUGUCAAUAUUGAUAUAGAAUUGGUACUCCCGUGGAGUUCAUCUCUCUUUUCUAAUCGUCACAGUAGAGCAAGACUAUCUUUAUGGAGAAAGCUCGGCUACUCAGGUUGUGAAAGCGAAAAUUCAGAAUACUUUGAAGUUUCAUAUAACGGUGAACCCCAACUUGAGCUAUUGUCCUUGCUUUACAUAAUCUUAUUGUCUGAAGAAGCAUAUACUAAGUUGGAUCUCACCUUAGCCUUUAAAGGAAAUUCCACCGAGUCUGCUUUAACUAUUAUGUCAAAGAAAGGCAAAGUUCUAGAGGGAGAAAUUUCUGAAAUGACUAGUGAUAUGUUAUUGACUAAGGGUGUCUGUAAGGCUCUAAUAUCACUUGCUGAUAUAAGAGAGCGCCUGUAUGGCACAAGCUUGUUGGAACAUGAAAUCGAGAACCUAAGUAACUGUGAUUGUACUACCGAAAGAAAGUUGUACCAUUCAUUGGUCCUUCGUGUCAGUGAAAGAAGGAUCUUACAAAAGCUGAGAACUUACGCUGAGGCGGGUGCUAAGGCGCUAAGGCCGCAUGCGAGGAAGAAGUUGAAAUCAUGAUUUGGUACGUAGCUUUGUGAUGAAUCAUGAAUGGCAUUAUCAUUUGAUCUGAGCUGGCAUGAGUUGGAGAAGCAGUUUUGCUGAAUUAUUUGUUACAUUUGUUUUUUAUCUUAACAAGUUCACUAAGCAAGGCAAAGCCAAAAAAAUGCAUUUUCUGCUGAAUUUGUUUGUGAUUGAGACAUUAAACUGAUCCUGAUAUGUAUCACUUUCAGAUUUCAUUUUUUUUGCUAAGAACUUGCGGCAGUCUCUUAUUCUAUGCAUCUGAUGAUCCCCUUAUCUUGUUAAACUUAUUCUGAGUACUACUCCUAUGCUGUUGUACCUGCCCAUUUGGUUGAACAGCUAGUUGUGAGUGUUUUGGUUUAAGGAGUGAGGUUCGUGCUGAUAUUGGAAAAAUGCUUAUGUUAAGACUAUUGAAUUAAAGUUGGUCUCACAAGUCACAAGAGCAACAUGUUAUGCUUCAUGUUAGAUUUCAAGGGCUAUUAAAUGUUCUGUACAACCUAUCGGAAACAAAAAAAAGGUAUCCAUUACUACUACAAAGUGUUUGGUUGGUUGACAUGAGAAAACAUGGACGGUAAA